ACAGCCUCCUUAUCCGAAGCGAGCGGUACUUCUAGAAAGCGAGCUGGAGACGCUCACAGCUUGACUGAACUUGGCUGCUCAUCUGACACGCACCGACAACUCUGCGUGGGGGCUCGGAUCUAGACGUGCCUCCGGUCUUUGGAGCGCUGCUGUCACAUACACGCGGAUACGCAAAUACGCAUUUAGACAACAGUCUUUUCUAACACACACAGACUGAGAGCAGAGCAAACAGUCUCUUGCAUUCUCCCUCACUUGCUCUCUCUCUCUCCUCCCUCCCAUCCCCACACACACAUACACACACACGGCACUACAGUAUAUCAGCGAGCGACUAGCGGCGAGCCAGAGGGGAGUGCAGAAAUGAAUGUGAAGAUUCUGACGCUGGUGAUUGUGCUCCUGGUGUCUCUGCUGUGUUCUGCCAGUGCUGGUCCGAUGGCCUCCACGGAGCACGGCAGAGAGCUGGAGGAAGCGGCUCCGGUGAGAAAACUGGUGCAGCAAAGUCCCUCGAGGGGCGGUCAGGGCCACAGACCGGCCGGCUGGAAGAGGAGACGCCCACGGCCCCGUCUUUCCCACAAGGGGCCAAUGCCAUUCUAGAGCAAGGCACUGCUUUAAGCGCCCUCCCCCAGGUUCUGAUUUCUAUGCUCUUCCUUUGCCUUGGGGGGCCUUGCCGCGAAGGGCCUACGCUUGCCCAGCCUGAAGAGUGAUGUCCAUAGCACCUGCUGGUUCUUCAAGCAACUCUGUCCACAAGAAAAAAAUCAGGACAAGCCGCUCAACCCUCAGCUCUAAGGAGGAACGGGGGAGGGCAACGGCUGGGUGGGGGGUGGGGAGUUAUUGAGCCCGAGCUAUCUGAUUCUAUUCCUCUGUCACCUUAAAACUUGAUCUAUUCCUGUCUUCUCCCAAAUGUUGUUUUUCUAUUUCUACCAUUUGCUUUUAGAUGCAAAUCUUAGCGGUCUCCUGGAGAGUAUCACACUUUGCAUGACACGAAGCUAAGAGGGAGCCCAGUUCAAACUCUCUCGUGCAGAAACUUAAGAGCAUCUGUCACUUUUCCGUGGCGUGGUUUUCUCGUCAGUGAGAUUUAAGCCCGAUUUGGUCACUCUGUAGCAGCUUUGAUGGUCAUACAACGGUUAAUUGGUCAAGGAUUAUUAUUUUCAGUUGAUAGUCUGGAUGUCUUCUGCUACAAAAGAUUUUCCUGCUCAAUGAAAAACAAUGGAGAGUUACUUUGAUUGCCAUUCAUAUUCAGCAUCAAGAACUUCUACAAUAUUUAGGAGAUUCUGUAAUUGGAAACUUAUUUGGUCCGGAUCUACGCUCAAGGUUGAACUUGAGUCUUAAACCUAAAAACAACAACAAAACAAACAUUGCAAGUCCCUACACCCUAAACCUACCAUCUCCCUGCCACACGACUGUUAACUGGCAGCGGCGGUCUGCGCCACUGACAGGCCGGCCUUGCCUUUUAAUGAAGUGCCAAAUAAUGAACACUCUCCAAAACGCUGCCAGGAUGGGAAGGAGUUACCUCUGUUCUAAAAAAAAUCUUGAAAAACCAACACGCAUUUGAAGUAAAGGGUGAAUCAGCAUUGGCCCAGUUGAAUUGGACUAAAAUAACUACAAUGGCAGCACAACCCUGGCCAAACGCUCCAGUUUGGAGCAUUGGAAUCGUCCUCAAUCAAAGAUAGUGCUCUUCUCCAAGUCUGGAUUUGUUCUCCUGCGUUACUCGCUGAGAAAAUGUCAGAAAAUCUGAAAUCUUGCAGGAUCCACACCCAUUAAGAGGUUAUCCCUCGGCUCGCACCCCAAACCCCAACGAGUCCAUAACACUCUUGCUGUUUAAUCCUACAGUUGCUUUAAACCUUUGACCAAACGAUAUAUGCCUUUCCAUCAUACUGGAAUACAUCACUGUUUAUCUCUUAUCUCUGUAUUUAAAUCUUUAUUUCUCUCAGGGUGCUAGCAUAGAGGCUUGUACUAGAGCAGUCUAUCAUAUAAAACAAUCACGGAGUUUGCGACAUUUAAAGCUUAUAGCAACAUAUUUUCGUAAAAAGCAUUACUCUCAUCGCGUGUAGUACAAUAUAACCAUGUAUCCAUGUCGCGGCCCAUUCCAGUGGUGAUCUUUUGCCUACUUUGAGUUGGGUACAGUUGCCUUGCCAGUCCGCCAGUUCUUCCACGGCACAGGUGGUCGAGGCUUUGAUCCUUACCCUCAUUAAACCUCAGAGUUAAUCUUUCUCAGAUGGAUCCCCCCUCCACCCGAGGCUGACCGGGGCAGCGUAGUCUGAGCUUGCCGGUUAAAUUGGCUUAGACUGGAACCCCCCCAGCCUCUCUUGCCGACCCCUUCGCCCUCUGUCACUCCAUAGCAAGGCUAGUUAGGUGCGUAACCAUGUCAAACACUCAAGACCUUCUGCCAUUUGUUCAACUUUAGGGGAAAUCGGAUCCAAGACACUACGUUUUCAACCUAAAUCUUAAGUCUCUUUCUGUGACCGUGUCUCAUGCACGUAUUUUAAUCAAAUGUAGAGGCUUGCAAGCCUUUAUUGUAGUCAAGACUAGGGAUUGAACCUCCUGAUACGAUCCCGAGUGCUAAUUAGCCCCUUACAGUCGAAAUAAAUAGGACAUCUAGCACUGUCAAUGGUAGCCGUUAACAAGGAAAUACCUGAAAAAGCCCUAAAAUGAAUAGCAAAUGACAGAAAAUCUACAGGAAGUGCUCAUUUUGAGUGGUAUUGACAGCACUGGACAUUCAUACACCCACUCUCAGUCAAAAUGGACUGGAUUUCUAACAUAACAUAGACACUGAAAAUGUAUGUUGAAAGGAAAACUUCAGCAGCAACCUCUUGCUUCCUUUAUUAAGCUGUGAUAUACAGGGAGUCCUCAAGUUACGACCAAGGUCCUUUCCUACGCUGAUGACGUAAACCGAAUUUGCGCAAGUCGGGUUUCACUGUUAAAGUAUAAAUUUUCGUCAAAAAACUUUCAAGCAUAUUUACUACAGUCCCAAGAACUAAUGCAAAUAUUUUUCAUUGUUACACAAGAAAACCGACUUUUCCCAUUUUAAGAAGUAGGGGGCAUUAUAAUAGCCGUGUAAAGAGUUUUACUAGUUUCAGUGAGAAGGUUAAUAGUUUUGUUAUUCGUGAACUACAUUUCCACACAAAUGCAGAUCGAGGUAUACUUUAGUCUAGCAAGGAGAAGUGUGAGAGUCAUUUUUCGCUGGUCCCAUAGCUCUCGAAAGGUUUCAUCGGCCUUGAUUUGUGUGUAUCCGUCCGCCAAACCAGCCGGAUAGCGCAUAUAUCCGUAAACCUGCUCCUCAACUAUUGGAUGAGUUGUUGACGGCAGCACCGUGAAAAUAGAACAAGUCUCUUUUUUGGCCCCACCCCUAGGCGAAAAUUCACUCAAGACUUUCCACCCUGUCUAAAAUGGCUGAGAAGUCCCCUGCCAAAUACACAAUGAAUGGGUUGCCGCGCACUCUUUCACACCAGGCUGCCGCUAGUAUAAAACGACCUUUGGGUUUGCAAUUAUUUGUUCGCAACUACUCCAGCCUUCCCUCUCUCCCGCAGUUUAGGGACAGCCAAGAAAAAAAACAACACUCAACACAUCAACAUUGCGACCUAAAGUAUUGACUAAUCCGAGCAAAACGGCCGGAAGUACCCGUCUGCCAAACGUGAAGUGUGCCGCCCGCAGCACACAGCUAACAGCGGCUAAUGUUACUGAUACAUUAAAUGCCGCUGGGCUGUUGCUGCUAAAGGUGUGCAAACACCCCAGUAAUGGCAGCCAACCACUCGAAAGCGACGUACACAAAUUUCUACUCAGAUUAGUCAAUAUGUGCAAACCGAUUCGUAACAUCACUGUCCUUAUUUUUAGGUUACGUCUCUGUGAACACAAAACUGCAUUUAGUGACGAGCAUUAGAAAAUAGCUUAGUUUGAGCAAUUUUCCAAUUUCUGAUGAAAAAACUGAGAAAUUGAGCUUUUUCUGAAAGCAUACAUUUCAAACAUAACUGACUGUAACACAGCUAUUUUUUGCUUUAGUUACAUCCCAAACAUCUGAAUAAUGUUUUCCUUUCACAAAAUAACAAACAACAAGACAAAUAGAGCUUUCGAUAGCAAAGUACCAAUUUAUUUACACAUAACUAACUGAGAGAUUACGCUGUUGUGGCCGCGACAGCCGGGUAAACUUUUCCCUCAUCGGCGCCUGUCUCAUAAAGAUGAAUUUUUUUGAGUCUCUGCGGGGUCUGCUCGGCGAGCAGCACGGACUCAACGGCACUAUCCGCUGCACUGGUGUUCCCGGUCGUUCUGCUCGGUCGUCCUGCGCCUGGCAUCCCGGGUUGGUCAGGGGUCCCGAACCUUUUUUGCACCACGGACCGGUGUUAUUUGGGUCUUUUUUUCACGGACCGGUGUUCUGACAAAUUUUGCAACCCAUCAAAAAUUGCAACUUUUCGGUUCUGCGCAUGCGUGUAACGUUUAAAAUGGCCACGAAUGCAGCCAUUCCAAAGUAAACACCACAAACUUUCUUAAAAGAAAGUAAUAUUAACUUACCUUUGAUCAUGGAUGGACAUGUAGAAAAGUUCUCAAACACAUCCUGCCAUGUUAGCUGCACACAACUGCACACAGCUCUUUCACCGUUAACGACUUCGCCGUGUCGUUAAGUAUUAAUUAAGAAGCCUGCUUCGCAAAGAUAUAAUGUUGAAAAUUGUAGCAAGGUUUUCAGUGGUCUCGUAGCGAUGUCAGGACAUUCCGGAAUGACUUUAAUUCAGAACCUCGGUAGAGUUGUUGUCUCAAAUGUACAUUUAAGGUCGCCAUCUUUUGCGAUCUCUACAAGCUGAUCCUCCUGUUCCACAGACAUACUCGAAUCACUCGGUUUGUUCACAAACGGUUCGUGGGUCUUCGAGGUUGUAGGCUCAUCUUCUGGCUCGUCAGGUGACCUUUUCACCGUAAAAAAUCUCUCCAAAGACAUCUGUUUUCCAGUCAUCUUCGCUCGUGUGGGGGCUAAUUAUUUCCGGGAACAAAUGCCGUUCGUUGCCGUUGAAUUGGGUUGCGGGUCUUACUAAAUGCACAACUGCCCUCCAGUGGCCAGUUUUAUCGCUUUAAAAUGGAUUUUCAGCUUUGUGCUUUGGAGCUAAAUUGAAUCAGAACCCAGAGAUGUCUCUUGUAAAAAAAAAAUUUUUUUAAACGUAAAAGGCGUAUAAAUACGUCUUUGGGACACUGAAUCAAUUAAAAAUAGAACGUAUUUAUACGUUUUUGGGAGCAAAUUAGUUAAUAGCGGACGAGGCACGGGUGUCAUAAAGUCGUAAACAUCAUAGGUCGAGGACAUCGUAACUCGAGGACUCCCUGCAUAUCGAUUCUUGGUGGUAGAAGUUUCGCGAUAUACUGUAUCACCAAGACUGCCGAGAUUAUACCUUGAUUAAAAAUGAACGAUAUACUCUAGUCCAACGAAUAGUAAUAAUUCCAGUUCCGCAUUUAUACUGUUCAUAUCUUCUCAGACAGAGAUGUAAAUUUCAUUAACGCUCCUAGGGUGUGACGGGGGGAAGAUAGCUGGGGAAUAUACAUUAAGUUGUAAUGCCUGAAGUGGAAUAGAUCAGGAUGAUUAGUUAAAAAACGAUAUCCAAGCCCCACCCAUCUCAGAAGUUAUUGUAAACGGGGCUGUAUCCGCACCGUUCUUCAUGAAUGUAUCCUCACCAUCUGCACCAGCCGGGCUGCCCUUCAAGAGACCAGAGUAAACCAACGUCGGCCCUAUUUGGAAUCAAAAUUCAAAGCCAAAUAUCCCAGCGAUGCAAAGCGUAGGGUUUGAAGUCACCUCAACAAAAUAGCUUUGCUCCGAGGCCUCUCUGCAUGGGUUUGACAGGCUGCUAAUUUUUGCAAUUACAUGAUGCUGCUGGAAAAAAAAACACCCUGAAAACAAGAGUCUCUUGGUUUGGAAUGGUUUUCUAGUGUGUCGUAACCAUUUUUUUUUGUCUAGCUGGUUGUCCAAAGCUUACCUUUUUGACUACAGUCUGAAACGUUGUAUCUUUUGUGGAUGUAACAAUAGAAAAGUAGUCUGCAGCACAAUACGUCGCGGACACACGAAAGCUUUCAGGCAUCCCCUGUCUCUGUAGAUCGUAGCCCAGAGCGCAUCAGGUUAAUGGGCCUUGCGGUGUGGAAGGACAAGCACGUUCGGGCUCGGGCUUGAAACGGUAAACCAAUACAUUAUGCUCGGGGAGCUAAACCAUUUGCCCUAAUGGUCUUUUCCAGCAAGGCUCACACAAGACAAACCAUUCCUUCAUCUCUCAAUGUCUCCUCACCGGUUUUUCUUCUAUGUGACCAUCUCAAGACCUGAGUAAUGUUCCUAUGCACUUGAGAACAUGUUUUUUUCUGAGAUUUUGCCCCAACUUUUUUUGUUUUUGUCCAUACACAUUUGACAGAGAGUGGGAUUUACAUCACUAGUGAUUACAUUCACCCUCAUUUUAUACUUUAAGGAACGACGAAAAAUUUGACACAGAAUUAAGGCUGCGUUCAGACUGCAGGUAUAUCUGAUUCCAAUCGGAUUACUCUUUAAAUCUGAUUUUAAGGCUGACUGUUCACACUGUCCAAAUCAGUUCAGAUUAGGCCACAUUAUUAACUAAGGGUGGGAACCUCUAGGUACCCCAUGAAAUGAUACGAUUGUCGAUACAAAGCUCACGAUGAGGCGAUCAGUGUUGUCACUAACGCGUUAUUGUAAUCUGAUUACUUUACUCAGUAACGAGUAAUCUAACGCGUUCAUUUUUACAAACCAGUAAUCUGAUUAAGUUAGUUUCCUUAGUGUAUGUGCAUUACUAUUUUGUUAUUGCCUCAUAAUGUAUGUAGGAUGAAGAAUAUAGUCAUGUACCAAAAGCAUUUUGAAUGGAACAUGUUUGAAAGGUUCUCAGUAAAUGUUUGUUUCCAUGGUAACCGCUCAUAGGUUUUCCUGUUUUGGUCCCGGGUAACACGCGCUAAGUUUUUUAGGACUGAUGGGUGCCAGUGCGGGUGCACAUUCAAGUCAAGUGCAGCCACUUGUUGAGAGAAUGUUGAUUUGUGUGCGUCCAUGAAUGAACGCAAGUAUUUUUCCUUCAUUCUGGAGGGUUCCAGCGAUAGUUUAGAGCCGGUACAUGCGCGGCUGUUUCGUAGCUUUGCAUUUGCAACGGCAGGUCAUUGUCGCUCCCGCUCGUCCUCUCGAAGUUGGCGACCAUUUUUUACAUCAUAUACGUGUUGCAUAUUUAUGCCGUGAGGUGACGUGUUCGUUUAGCAUCUUAGGGAUGUGUUGUAAGUCCGAUUAAGUGUAAAGUGCUUAGUUGCCGCCACGUUUUGAGGCCAAAUUGACUGCGUGUGUUUACGGCGUACUUUCGACCUUUAUGUUUAUUGCACUGUGCAAUUUAUUUGCGUGUUGUUGAUUAUUGUCCAGUCAUUUUGCAUUGUUUUACAUUAGCACUGACAUGCUGUUAACCCUAACCCGAUGUUCAGAAUUUUUGACAUUAGGCUUAAUCUAUGAGUUAGCGGGAGUUGAAUUAGUCGGUGGAGUUGAUAUCAAGAAAUUGCAUGCAGUUUGUCAGUUAUUUGUUGGUUUCAGGGUUCUGGAGUAGCUAAGCUAGCACAAGUUAAUAGUGGUUGAAAUAAACUCCAUCGACAAAUUAAACCUCCGCUAACUCAAAGAUCAAGCCUAAAGUAAAAAAUUCGGAUCUUUCCCAUUAAAGUCAAUUAUUGGAAAGUGCAUUACACGCGAUGACAUUUUUCUGUUGUCAUUCUUAUUUUGAGGCGUCAAAGGGAGAAAAAUUGGUAAAAAGUAACUGAUACUACUUACUUUGAUAAUAAAGUAAUCAGUAAAGUAACUGGAUUACUUUUUUGAGGCAUAAUCAGUAAUUAAAUUACUUUUUCAAGUAAUCUGUGACAACACUGAUGGCGAUACAACGAUUAUCGAUACAUUGGUCAGGAAAUCAUUCUAGGAUAUUCUACAAAACAACUAAUAAACAGAAUAACAAGUUUAUCUCUAGCAGACGUCCAAUAUAUUUGAACUGGGAGGGUAGCAGCAAAUGAACCCCUCCCACUUCAAACGGGCCCCUCCCACUUCUGUGGCCAUCAGUGGCAGCCAAUGCCAGGCAUCGAGGUCAUUUUGGGCCAUUUCAGGUCAUCACCUGUUGAUUUUCAGUCAUUUGCUGUUGAUUUUGAGGCAUUUUAUGGGUUACUUGCUGUUGAUUUUGGGUAACAGAACAGGAAGUUACCUGUAAAUGCCCCAGAAAUCGUAAAGCGUGACUGUGAAUGCUCUGGUUUUGAAUGAACGUUCAUUUGCCCAUCCCAGUCCCAGUAGAUUGGGAGUUGAGCGCCGUCAAUGGCAGCCAUACACUGCAAAAAAAUGCCACUUCUAAAACGAGUAAAAAAUUAUUUGAAAUUAGAACAAGUAAGAACAUUCUGCUAAUGGAACAAGCUAUUAUUGUCUUGCUAAGAAUUCUUAAAACAUUCUGGAUGAACAAGUAAAAUAUAACUAGUUACAAGAUCUCAUUUUAAGAAUUCUUACCAAGACAAAAAUUGCUUGUUCCAUUGGCAAAAUGUUAUUGUUAUAAGCAAAUCUUGUCUCAUUUCACAAAAUUUUUUACUUGUUUUAGAAGUGGCAUUUUUCCAGUGAUAGAGUUAACUGAGACACUAUUACGGUGGAAGAUUGUGGUAGCAACUUGUUGGUUCCUUUUUUUUGGUUUGUUUGUUUUUUUAAACAUUUUAAAACCGUAUCUCAAUUAUUGGCAUGAGCGUAUCGAUAACAUUUUGGGAUGCAAAGUAUCACAAUUUCGAUAUUUUGUCACACCUGAUAAAUUGAUGUGGCAAAGGCGUCAUCCAGCAUAGAGUGACGUCACGGAAAGUCAAAUCCCAUUUGACCCGUUCAGACCGAAAAGCAUCUUGUCCAAAUCUGAUAUAAAACUACCUCCGGUUUGUGGUUUCAAUCAGAUUUCGGUGCUUUGGGACUGUUCAGACUACAAAAUAACCAUCCAGUUUCAAUCUGGAUUGGCUAAAAAUCAGAUUUUACCUGCCAGUCUGAACAAGCCUUUCAAGACAUUCCAUUAUUUUUUCCCCAAACAUAUCAUCUCGGCCUUCGUUAUGGCCGACAUGUGUAUUCCCUUUGUCUAGGACACCCAAAGGAUAACGAGGUUUUAUCUCCCGCGGGAAUGACUAUGAUGUGACAUUAUCUCGGAGCCUGGCAAAUGAAACUGCCGACACCUAGAAUAGCACACCAGGCCCCCCUCCUGCCCUGAUUGUGACACAUUCUCCAUCCACGUGAAAAGCGUCGCGCCCACCACACGGGGAGACUUGCGGGCUGGCGAAACAGUGUUACCAGGUCUCGAGCAGAAAGACAAUGUAUUACUCCUACAGUAUGUUCUGUUUUAAGGUGUGUGCUCAAUAUUACUCACCUGGCCAAAUGUACAGUCCCCUGUCUCUGUUUUGAUGUUGAACUGGGCAAAAAUAAACGACAUAAAUAAAAUAAAAUAAACAAGUGUAUCGGAAAUGGUUGAAAUACUGUGUACAUAUUUGAACUUUUGGUUUCUAAUUUAUAAAAGAUAAGCUUUAGCUCUUGGAGUACUUAUUUUAUUUUCCUUUCAUGCGUAGCUUUGUGUUUUUAUUUUCUAUUUCUGUAAAGUGUGUAAAUAUAUCUUUAUGAU